CGUCGCCGUCCUGUAACUACGCGGCAGCGCACAGCUUUUCGCCGGGCGGGAUUUCCGCAAUAUCAAGUAUGGCGAAGACAUACGAUUAUUUGUUUAAGUUACUGCUAAUCGGAGACUCCGGUGUCGGGAAGACCUGCGUGCUGUUCAGGUUCUCAGAGGAUGCUUUUAACUCCACAUUCAUCUCCACCAUAGGCAUUGACUUUAAGAUUAGAACGAUAGAACUAGACAACAAGAAGAUAAAGUUACAGAUAUGGGACACAGCAGGGCAGGAGCGAUUUCGAACAAUCACAACAGCGUACUACAGAGGAGCGAUGGGUAUCAUGCUAGUCUAUGACAUCACCAACGAGAAGUCCUUUGAAAACAUAAAGAACUGGAUACGGAAUAUAGAGGAGCAUGCAUCGGCUGAUGUUGAAAAAAUGGUCCUCGGUAACAAAUGUGACAUCAAUGACAAACGGCAGGUGUCCAAAGACAGGGGAGAGAAGCUGGCGUUGGAGUACGGUAUUAAGUUCAUGGAGACCAGUGCAAAGGCCAACAUCAAUGUGGAAAACUCGUUUUUGACACUUGCCAGAGACAUCAAAUCAAAGAUGGACACAAAAUUGGAGGGCAGCUGUCCUCAGGGGAGCAGCCACAAGGUGAAGAUCUCUCAGCCCCAGAAGAAGAGCAGCUUCUUCCGCUGUGCCCUACUGUGAGGACCAGACCAUGGCUGUAUACCAAAUGGGUCACUAUUCAUUAUAUAGUAUGCUAUGUUUGACCAGGGCCCAUAGAACUCUAGUCAAAAGUAGUGCACUAUGUAGGGAAUAGGGUGCCAUUUGGGAUGCAUACCAAAGGCCUUACCUACCCUCUGCCUGCCCUGGCUGGGAUAUGCUGAGGUGCUGGCUGGCUGGACACAACUGGACUGUGCUUGCUUCAAGCACCCCCUCUCCUUCUACCCUGUUCCCUUCAGCCAGUCCCAAUUCACUCCCCACCUCUUCCCCUCGGCCCUAACCCUUAGAUGUUUGUGUAUCUGAAGUGUUUGAAUAUAUAUAUAUAUGCAGUUGUUUACACCUUGCAUAUACAGUGAGCUCCAGAAGUAUUGGGACAGUGACACAUUUUAGGUUGUUUUGGCUCUGUACUCCAGCACUUUGGAUGCAUCUGUAGUUUUUUUUUCACUCAUUAUUAUUAUUCACGAUUCGUUCAAGAUAAUCCGUAAUCAUGGUAGCAUCCACAUUUAAUGUAGAAGUGUUAAGAAACAUUCUAUUAUUAUUUACAAUAAAAGUGACUGCACAAUACAAACAGCAAAAGGCAUCCAACAAAUGUGUAGAAUCACAAGCUUGACGUAGUCAUUGUGUGCUAUGAAUAUGUGACUAAAUACUUAACUUUGAACUACUUUAAUAAUUAUUUAAGUGAAUUUGUCCCAAUACUUUAGGUCCCCUAACAUGGGGUGGGACUAUGUACAAAAACUACUGUAAUUUCUAAACGGUUCACCUGACAUUGAUGAAAAUACCCUCAAAUUAAUGCUGACAGUCUUCACUGGGGUACCGAACCUAAACAACCAAAAAUGUGUCACUGUCCCAAUACUUUUGGAGCUCGCUGUUCGUGAACAUCGAAGACUUAGGGCCAAUGGUAAUUGGUAAGGAGAGAAUUAGGACAAGUUGCCUCUCUUGCUCUCUCUCUCUCCCUCACUGUCCACCUCUCCCAACGUCACGCCCUGGGGUAGCUGGAGUACUGUGACCCGCGACUCCAUCCACAAUGGCCCCGUGACACCUGGUAAUGUUGCUGUUCUUCCAGCGGCCUACCAACCUCCUGUUUUCUCUCACCACGGGUCGGACAGACUGACCAACCGGUGAAAACACCACUUGUUUUUCUAAAAGAAGGUUCAAAUGACAUGUCACACAGAAAAGAUGGGCUCUUCUUUCUGUUUCACAUUAGUCUCUAUGUACAUACAACAUUUUUCCAUUUUUCACACCUGCCAAAGUUGGAGCCCCAUUUACUUUUCAGUUAGAAUCGCUUGAAUGACCCAAAGGUUUGGAAUUGGGAACAUGAUGUGUGGAUGUUUAUAUACUAUUUGUAGGCCUCCUCUUCCCCUAGCCACAUUGUUAACAUGAGCCAGAGACUGAUAAGCUUAUUGUUUUGAUGAAACAAGAGUUUGUAAAUGAAUAUAAUAUGACUUGAAGAUUCACAAUCCGUCAGGAAAGAUUGAUCGCAAAAUAAUUUAAUUACGCAGACUAAAAGAAAAUUAAAUUUGAAUGAUAUUCCGUUUUGUUUACAUUCCAAGAUAAUAAUUUGAUGCUAUUCUAUACAUGAGAGGCUUGCAACAGGCCUCUCUUCCUGAACAAGGUUAUUGUACUGAAUCCAAGUGUUUGACUUGUUUACUGCCAGGCCCAGAUGUUCUCUUGAGAACACACAGCCUCUUAACCAUACCCCUGAAAAAGGAGAAUUAAAAAAAUAUAUUUAGACAUUUUUAUAUACAUACAUACAGUACCAGUCAAAAGUUUGGACACACCUCCUUAUUCAAGGGUUUUUCAUUAUUUGUAUAUUUCUUUCUACAUUGUAGAAUAAUAGCGAAGACAUCAAAAUUCCAUGUGUCAUUUCAUAGUUAUGUAUUAACCAAAAAAAGUGUUAAACAAAUCAAAAUAUAUUUUAGAUUCUUCAAAGUAGCCACCCUUUGCCUUGAUGACAGCUUUGCACACUGUUGGGAUUCUCUCAACCAACUUCACCUGGAAUGCUUUUCCAACAGUCUUGAAGGAAAAGUACUGAGCACUUGUUGGCUACUUUCUUUCACUCUGUGGUCUAACUCAUCCCAAACCAUCUCAAUUGGGUUGAGGUCGGGUGAUUGUGGAGGCCAGGUCAUCUGAUGCAGAACUCCAUCACUCUCCUUCUUGGUCAAAUAGCACUUACACACCCUGGAGGUGUGUUGGGUCAUUGUCCUGUUGAAAAAAGAAAAAAAAAGUCCCACUAAGCGAAAACCAGAUGGGAGGGCGUAUUGCUGCAGAAUGCUGUGGUAGCCAUGCUGGUUAAGUGUGCCUUGAAUUGUAAAUAAAUCACUGACGGUGUCACCAGCAAAUCACACCUAUGUGUUUCAUGGUGGGAACCACACAUGCCGAGAUCAUCUAUUCACCUACCCUGCAUCUCACAAAGACACGGCGGUUGGAAUCAAAAAUCUCACAUUUGGACUCAUCAGACCAAAGGACAGAUUCCCACCAAUCUAAUGUCCAUUGGUUGUGUUUCUUGGCCUAAGCAAGUCUUCUAAUUUGUGUCCUUUAGUAGUGGUUUCUUUGCAUAAAUUUGACCAUGAAGGCCUGAUUCUCACAGUCUCCUCUGAACAGUUGAUGUUGAGAUGUCUUUUAAUUGAACUCUGACGUAUUUAUUUGGGCUGAAAUCUGAGGUGCAGUUAUUCUAAUGAACGUAUCCUCUGCAGCAGAGGGAACUCUGGGUCUUCAUUUCCUGUGGCGGUCCUCAUGAGAGCCAGUUUCAUCAUAGCCCUUGAUGGUUUUUACGACUGCACUUGAAGAAACUUUUCCAAAUUGACUGACCUUCAUGUCUUCAAGUAAUGAUGGACUGUCAUUUCUCUUUACUUAUUCGAGCUGUUCUUGCCAAAAUAAUGACUUAGCCCUAUUUGGUAAAAGACCAUCUUCUGUAUACCACCCCUACCUUGUCAUAACACAACUGAUUGGCUCAAACGCAUUAAGAGGGAAAUUGUUUCCACAAAUUAACUUUUAACAAGGCACACCUGUUAAUUGAUGCUGGUUGAGAGAAUGCCAUGAGUGCGCAAAGCUGUCAUCAAGGCAAAGGCUGCCUACUUUGAAGAAUCUAAAAUACAUUUUGAUUUAAUACUUUUUUGGUUACUACAUGAUUCCAUAUGUGUUAUUUGAUAGUUUUGAUGUCUUCACUAUUUUUGCUACGAUGUAAAAAAAAUAAUUUUAAAAAAAUGUAAGAAAACCCCUUGAAUAAGUAGGUGUGUCCAAACUUUUGACUGGUACUGUAUGUAUGUGUGUGUGUGUGUAUUCACAAGUGUACUGCACUGGGCCUUUAAUAGUCUCGUAUUCGCUUCCCACAGCUAUGCUCUUAACGCCUGGGGCUACUUUUUCUACUCUAGAACAUUCUUGUGUGAAAUCUGUUGAUAUGACCCAGUAGAGCAGGGGCAUUGAAUUCUUACCCUACGAGGUCCGGUGCCUGCUGGUUUUCUGUUCUACACCUACUUGGUGUCCCAGGUCUAAAUCAGUCCCUGAGGACAAUGAUGAAAAUGAAAAUGCAGUAGAACUGGCUUCGAGAUCCAGAGUUGAGUUUGAGGCCAAUAGAGCGUUGACACGUAGCCAACCUGAGCAUUGGUUCCUGGUAGUGGAGAGACAGACUGAUAAGUAGUGUCUGAAAUGGCACUCCAUCUCUUGUGCACUACUUUUGACCAGAGCCCUAUGGGACCUGGUCAAAACGAGUGCACUGUAUAGAAAUUAGGGUGCCAUUUUGAAAGCUGCGAUAGUGUAUUUUCUUUUUUUUUCUUCAGUCAAGUUACAGCAACAACAUCCAUUUAUAAGCUCAUGUUUAUUCCCAGCUAUAUGACGUCUUUGGUAGUUAGCUAGUGAAACAGUCAGCGUAUUUACUCUAAACUGGAGUGGCUGUCUGCUAGUACAAACAACCAUGUUACAAUGUGGACGGACAAACAGACAAACCCCUUCUGAUCCAAUGCAAUCCAUCCCUUUGCACUUUACCAGUAAACCUGUGUGUAGUCUGUACCAAGUGGUAGGUUUUGCAAUAUAGGGCAAGCAUAUUUUUGUCCAUUUAAUUGAAUGACGUGAUCGGUUGGAUUAUGGUAAUGGUUGGUAGAUACUUUGGGCACAUUUUUAGAUUAGUUUUGUCUAUUACGCCUUUAUAAAUGGCUUCCUCUCCUUUGCUACUUCUGAUAUGACUUGUGUUCUAUGUUUCAGGGCCUGUUGUCACAAAUGUCUCUGAAUAUUAAUGCUGACCUAAGAUAAGGUUGUCUUUUUCGUUAUGAUUUAAAGACAAAACUGAUCCUAGAUCAGUAUCCUGAUCUGAGACGCUUUAUGAAUACAGGCCCUGGUAUCAGUUUAGUAAAAGGGUUUUAGUUGUAUGUUACUGCGCUGACAAAUUUGAGUAUAAUCUAAAUGUGACGUUCUCUUGGCUUAUGAAGUCAAGCUAAAACUUCAUCAAGGUCUUGUUAGUCAGUUGUGGUGAGUCUUGGUUUUUAUGUGGUCGUGUGUUUUUUGGGGGGGGUCAGUACCUUGUUUGACAGCUAGGUGACAGCAUAUCACCACCAGCUGCUGUUUAUAACAUUGGAAUAAUGCGUUGAAAGAAAUGUCCAUAGUUAGGAAUUGAAAAAUCCAUUGAAAAACAGUGUGAUAUUUUUGGCUAUGUUUUGGAAGUGCUAGGAUAAAAUGGUGUGUAUAUGUGAUAGACACACCUAGCAUUGCUUGUAUUCUACAUUGAUACAGUGUUUAACCAUUGAGUCCUCUUACCCCCAACACUUCCCAGUUUGUCCUUUCCUGUUCUAUUAAAUGUCUGUGUUUGAAGAGUUAAAAAGAGCCUGAGUGCCAGUCUGUUUGUGUUUAUAAUACCAACUCCUUGUCUUUGUCAUGUUUAGCUUGACAGUGAAGUUGGCAGGGGCACAAACAGAUCUGGGACCAGGCUAAAAUGAUGAUAAUACAUGUACAACAUUGACAGGAGGGGUGUCCUUUAAACUAGCCUGCACCUUUUUCUAUAUCUACUGUACUGGGACCUGCUGCUGCACUCGCCUCUCAACCAUGUCUUAAUAAUAACUAAUACUCUUCCCGGUUUGGACCUAGCCUGGUCCAAGAUCUGUUUGUGCUAGUUUUCCAUCCAAUUGGGGACAGAUUUUCAUGUGAAUAUUGUAAAAUCUACAUAAAAACAAUACGUGCAUUUUCCCACCAGAGAUGUUUCCAUCAAAUUGAAUAGUUCCUGAUAAAAGACUGAGUGAUUGACGUAGUGCACAUAAAAAAAGUUCAAUGUGCUGAAUAGAAAAUAAUCUCAAGCAAAAAAAUAAAACGUCCUCUCACAGUCAA